GCGUUAUCCUUAUUUGUGCAGGGCAGCCAAUAGAGGCAGGCCGGCUGUCGGCAGUGCUCCCGUGGCUAGAGGGAAAGCCUCAAGCUGUCGUCUCGUCUGUCGUCAACGUUCCACAGCCACAAGCCGAAGCGGCGGCCGGUGGUUCCGCGCUUGGACGUCGCCGCAGCAACACCACCAGACAGACUCGUUGCCAGUUGCCAUGGAGGGCCUUGCUGCUCCUGCAUCCUGAACUAAUCGAUCUGAUCUCCCCAGAUUCCUUCAUCUCUGAAGCUUUCGUCGUCAAUGGCGGCGCGCGGCGGCGCGCUCUGCUUCUCAUCCUCGUCCGCCGCCGCCGUCACGUGCAGCAGGAACAGCAGGAGGGCGGGUGGCUGCAGGCCGCGUUUCUUGGUUGUCAGCUGCGACGCCAGGCUGCCCCUGGCCGCGAAGCUACUGGGUCCUCCCACGACCUUCAACGCGGCGAAGCUCAAGGUGGAGUUCGCCGGGGAGGAACUGCUGUGGGGCAAGAAGCAGGCUUUCCCCAGAGCCUACACCCUGACCCACUGCGACCUGACGGCCAACCUAACGCUCGCCGUGACCGGGCCCAUGACCAGCGAGCAGCUGCGGAGCUGGCAGUCGACGCUGCAGCGGGACGACGUGGUGGCCGAGUGGAAGGAGGCGGCCGCCGGCGCCGGGGAGAUGACGCUGCACGUGCAUUGCUUCGUCAGCGGCGCCAACCUCCUGCAGGAGCUGGCGGCGGGGUUCAGAUACUACGUCUUCUCCAAGGAGCUGCCGCUGGUCCUCAAGGCUGUGGUUCACGGCGACGCGGCGCUCUUCUCGGAGCGGCCGGAGCUGAUGGAGGCCAAGGUGUGGGUGCACUUCCACUACAGCUCCCGCAAGUACAACCGGAUGGAGUGUUGGGGGCCUCUCAGGGAGGCCACCAAGAGGAACCUGCUGGAUGGAAGGCUGGACGAACUGCAGAGCGCAAUCACCAGGAGCAGGAGGCGACGCAAGUGGGCGAGCCCAGAGACGAUCUUCAACGCCCUGGUGGCACUUCUGCUUUGACAAUGCUACUGGAUGCUGAUACUGGCAUGUGCAUUCUUCAAUUCCUACCACAUAAAAAAGAAUCGGUGGUUGGUUGAUCUCCAGCACUGCACUGCACUGCUCUGCUCUGCUCUGCUUGACACCCCAGUUGCCAUUUGCAACCCUUCUUCAGGUCAGGACUGGUGAUUGCUUGGCUUGCUGCUCCAGUCCAGUAGUAUUUGUCAACAUCAAGUUUCGCAAGCGAAUCCUGUAGUAAUGUACAAUACCAAGAAAUUCAGCAAUGGAAGCAAUAUAAUGAUUCAUCAUUCAGAA